GACUCGGGCUGCGGGCUCCUCUAUAAGGACAGCCGCCGCGCGCGCCCCGUUCCGUGGCCGCUACUCCUCCGAUCCGCCGCGGCCUCGCCGCCGUCCCCAGGCAAUGGCCGACGAGACCCUCGCGGCCUUCAUGGACGCCACCGGCUGCGGCUACGACGACUCCUUCCGCCGCCUCGCCAGCUGCGGGGGCCACCUCGGCCGGGCCGUCAGCCGCUUCUUCAACGUCGAGGCGGGGUCGUCGGGGAGCCGCCGCUCGCCGCCGCCGCCGUCGCGGGUGGAGGAGGUCUCGUCCGACACGGACGGCGACGACGCGCCAGCUCCGGCCCCGGCGGCCCGCUCCGAGCGCCGCGCGCGCGAGAGGUCGCCCCCGUCCUGUUCCUCUCCGAAGGCGGUGUCUAAGUCUAAGAGGCGGGACGGCGAGGCGAGAGGUGGCGGCGGCAGCAAGAGCAGCCGCCGCCGCCGCCGACGACGACGUCGAGACAGGGAGGCUGGCGGCGGUGAGAACAGCCGCGGCGAGAAGAAACGCCGCCGCGUCCGUGAGGACGAUGGCCCCUCUCGUAGCGGCAGGGAGGAGGCGGGCGGCGGCCGCAAAAGCAGCCGCCGCCGCCGUCGAUCCCGUGACAACUCUGAUAGCGAGGAGAAGGCGGAAGCCAACAACAGGAGCCUCCGCCGCCGCCGCCGCCUCAAUCCCAAAGAUCCCACCUCUGAUAGUGACAAGGAGGAGGACGGCAGCAACAGUACCCUCCGCCGCCGCUUGCCUGAAGAUAUCUCCUCCGACGGCGACAAGAAAGUGCGAGCUAGCGACAGCAGCAGCUGCCGAUUGCUUGAGCACAUCUCCUCCGACUCCGACGGCGACAAGAAGCAGGUGCAGGCUAACGACAGCGGCCGCCGCCGCCUUGAUCGCGGCAAUGUUCCCGCCCCUGACGGCGGCGGCGGGAAGAAAGAGGACGGCCCCCGAUUCCGCGAGAACAUCUCCUCCUCCUCCUCCGACGACGACGACGGCGACAUGGUGGUCUACGAGGCGCCGCCGCCGCCGCGGCCGGCGAACAGCCGCAGGACCGUGGAGGGCCUGUUCCAGGCGCCGCGCGAGCUGACGUACAAGGGCGUCUUCCACGACGCCAUGGCGCACGCGGCGCGGCGGGCGAGGUGGCUGCUGGUGAACGUGCAGCGGGGCCUCGAGUUCGCGUCGCUCGUGCAGAACCGCGACGUGUGGGGGAGCGACAUGGUGGCCCAGUGGGUCCGGGGCAGCUUCGUGCUCUGGCAGGCCGACGCCGACGCGCGCGGCGGCGAGCGGGAGGAGGCCGAGAAGGUGCUCGGCUACUACAAGGUCCCCCGCGACCGGCUCCCCGUCGUCGUCGUCGUCGACCCGGUCACCGGCCAGGCCGUGGACCGGCUGCACGGCGCCGACCCCAACGACUUCCUCGUGGCCAUGGGGCCCUACACGGACAAGGCGCCGGCCAUGCCCGUCGUCGGAGCCAAGAAACCCGGCGCAACACCCGGCGCGCAGACCAAUCAAAAGCCGGCGACAACCACCGCUCCGACGGUGAGGAAACCGGCUGAGGCCGCCGUGGCGGUGGCGCCGCCUCCAGGCCAGGCCCGACGAGAACAGCCAGCGGCGGUGAGAAAGCCAGCUGAGCCUGUCGCCACAGCGGUGGCGGAGGUGCCUACGGGUCAGCAGCCGGCGGCGACGGCGGCGAAGGUCUGCAAGCUGAGGGUCCGGCUGCCCGACGGCCGGGUGGUGGCCAAGGAGUUUGGGAGCCAAUGCGCGGUGGCGGAGCUCUUCGCACAUUGCCGGUCGGAGCUGGGAGAAGCCGCGGAGAAGCGGCCGUUCCGGCUGCUGCGCUUCGUCGGCGCCGCGAGGCAGGAAAUCGGUGAUGAGAGGGCCUCGUUUGAGAGCUUGAGGCUCCACAUGUCAACUGUCUGUGUUGAGCUUGGCUAAUCAUCCUUAAUCCUUUUAUUAGGCUCCAUAUGCAAAUUUAGGUGGUUAUUUGCAUUAUUUUUAUAAUAAUAUAAAUGGA